AUGCGUCUCACCGGAGUACUGCAAAAAAUUGGCGAUGUGUCAAAGAAGUUUUCCAAUUUUCCUGAUUCAUACAUCAAACGCAGCAUGGAACAGGUGUAUUGGAGGACUCCCCGAGGCAAACCACAAUAUCUAGCGCGAACGGUUGAGAGGAAAAAGUUUCGUUUUACCACCAAUCGGCCAUGGACCGGACAGUUUCGGCAACAGAACAUGCCGGGCACCAUUCGCAAGAAAGUAUUUCUCGAACCGGUCGCUAACUGGAGCUUCUUCCGCGGCGAUCGUGUCGAGGUGCUAGUGGGCAAAGAUAAAGGCAAACAGGGCAUUGUGAGCCAGGUGAUACAGGAGCGUAACUGGGUGAUCGUGACCGGUUUGAACUGCCACUUGCGGAAGGUGGCCGACGAGAAAGAUUACCCCGGCAUUAUAAUCAAAUCCGAAAGCCCGCUUCUCGUCACCAGUCAGGUGCAGCUCGUCGAUCCGUCCGAUCUGGUGGCAACACCGAUCGAGUGGCGGUACACGGAGGACGGCGAAAAGGUGCGGGUUUCGACGCGGACUGGUCGUAUCAUUCCGAUACCAAAAACGAACGAAGAAACGCAUGAUUACAAAACCAAAGGCACAUACAUGGAACGGGAAAAGGAUACGCCAGCCGAUGUGGUAAAAGAAAUUACCUUUCAACCCGCCUUGUGCACCUUCGAGAUGGACAUAAUGAAGGAGCAAGGCAUCGAGGAGGACCGGACGCCUCUCAAAACCUACUGGUACUAA